AUGGGUCCUUUAUCAAAGAAGCGAAAGCUGGCACCCAAGGUCGAAGAGAUCAAUUUCGAUGAUACCGACCGCCAACAAUUUCUCACUGGCUUUCGCAAGAGAAAGCAGCAGCGGAUACGACAAGCCCAGGAGAUCGCCGAAAAAAGAGCCCGGGAAGAGAGACGAAUAGGGCGGCAGAAGAUGCGCGAGGAGCGACAAUCAGAGUAUCAGCGAGCGCUCGAGGAGCAUAAGAAGCAACUUAAGCUGCUCAAAGCACAGGACGGCGAUAGCGACGAGGAUUCAAACUCUGGCGGCAAUGACGACGAAGACGAACAGGGCGAGUGGGAAGGAUUCGAGGAGCCUCCUGCAGUCGAUUACGAGGCCGAAUAUAUCGACGAAGACAAAUACACAACCGUGACUGUGGAAGAAAUGGAUGCCUCGAGAGAGGGCCUUCUAAAAGCUGGUGAGGACACAUCAGACGAGGAGGAGAAUGCGCAAAAAGCACACAAGUCCGAGAGUCAGGAUGACUCCAAGAAAGCAGCCGAUAAGAAAAAGAAGCAAACCGACAAACCCAAGAAAAAGAAAAAGAAGUUUAGAUACGAGACCAAGGAGGAGCGCAAGGUUACUCUCAUGAAACAACGGCGGUCGAAACAGAAAAAGGCCAACGCUCGACGAGAACGUCAAGGAUGA